AUGCUAUUUUUAUUUUUCUUGCUCAUUUUUAAAGAUGGUGUUGAUUCGAUGCAAUUGGAUAUGGUGAAGUUAAUUGAAGAGUAAGUCAAUUUUCAAAAUGAUUAGAAAAAUACUUAUUUCAGAAAUAUUGAUGAUACAAUUGAUCCAUGUGACGAUUUCUAUCGACAUGCUUGUAGAAAAGAUCAAUCGAGGGGAUCAACAUUCUUCUAUGUAAUACAGCGUAGUUUCUGGAAAGAAAUGAAUGAUUUGAUGAGAAGUGGAAAAAACGAAGAUUUAUUCCGAAAAAUAGAAAAACUAGAAGUACGUUUUGAUUCUGAACAAAUUCUAAAAUCAUAUGUUUAGAAUCUUAUAUCAUCGCUGAAAUCAGAUUCAUUUGAUGAUACAUCAGCUGUAAGAUUUGAAUAUAUGGAAAAAUGUAUCAAUAAUAAAACAAGAGCAAGAGAAAUGUUAUUGGAAUUGAAUAAAUUGAUUUACAAUAAUGAAAAUGGAGAUUGUUGUUUCACAAACAUCGAUUUUGAUACGAACUGUGAAAGAUCUGCGACUAACCUAGUGAAUGGAUUGAAAGAACACCUUGUUAAUGGCCUAGAAAUGGUAGGGAAAUAAUUUUUUUUUUCAAUUCUGAACAAGAUAUUUUUCAGGAAGCCAGGGAAAAUUGGAAAAACUUUUUAGGUUAUUUGAAUAAUUUCAAAGCAUAUUUAUGGCUUCAAGCCAAUAAUGACCUUGUUAUACGAUCACGCGAGAUGUUCACAAUGUUGAGAGAUGACUUUAUGGAAUCUGUAGAGGUUGGUUUAUAUUUUUAAAAAAAGGUUUUCAAAUAAUUGUUUUCUAGCAAACGCCAUGGUUGAUAAAUUCCGAUUCAGUUAAAGCUGUAAUUGAGAUAUCAAAUCAGUUGAAAUUAGUUGAUACCGAAUUGGUUAUUGAUUUCAAUCAAAAUCAAGUUGAUGCUUCAAUUCAAGAGUAUAAUGACUGUCAUCUGUUAGUUUAUCGGACUAAAAUUGAAAGAAAUAUGUAACAUUUUGAUUUGAAUUCCAGUUUUACUUCUGAAACUGCCAGAAAGUAUUGCUAUGCAACAAUAAAAGUUCCGGAAACUGACGAGAAUUGGAAUUCGAUUAAUGCGUUCAACUUUCAUCCAUAUUUGAGCUUGAAUAAUCCAUUCAUUGCUAUUUUAUCGUCAAAUUCAACACCAGCAAUAGAAGUGAGUUGGAGAAUAGAUUUUUAGAGUUCUGAAAGAUUUUUCCGAAUGUGAAAUUCUACCAAAACUACUUUUGAAGCCUUUGCGAGACUCCAAACAACUUUUGAAGUUUCAAAAAAUCCAAAAAGUGAAUUUUAAACUUCCAAUACUCCAAAAAAUUUCUACCAAUCCUUACACUGAUAAUAAGAUUCAAAAAUUUAUAGUAUGGAUCAGUUGGAUAUGUACUAGGUCAUGAAUUCGGACACACUCUCAUCAAAACUAAAAGCGAUCAUAUGUUCAUCCCAUAUUUUUCGGAGCAGGUUAAAACUUGUGUUCAAAAUCAAUUCAACAAAAGUUGUAGCUUUUUCAAAGAGGUUUGUGAGAAACUUACAUAAAAAACAAAAUUUUCAUGUUAACUGUUCUAGGGUUUGUGUCACACAGGUGAUUAUCAAUUUGACGAGAAUGGCGCCGAUAUUUUCGGAGGACAAUUGGUUUAUGAAGCUUUCAAAAAAAGACACUCGUGUUCAGUUAACGUAUGUUUGAAAUGUUCAUAAUAAAAAUCGCGUGGAUUGUUUUUUUUAUUAUAGAAAUCAAUUCGUGGAUAUGAAUAUUGUUGGACGCCUGCCAAAUUAUUUUUCUACUCCAUGGCAGCAGUAGAUUGUCAUGUAAGCGUUUUGUUUUUUCACACAUUAGCAAUUUGAAAUUGUCAAGUAAGAAAGUUGUUCAAACUAAAACUAUUUGAAAACUUGAUGACAAAUAAAUUACAAAUUACAGAGAGAAGAUAGUGUGAGUUGGAUGGACGAUCCACAUCAUGCUCCAAAAAUAAGAGUGAAUGCAGUUCUCGCACAGAUUCCGGACUUUGCUGAAGUUUUUCAAUGUGAUGCAAAAAGUAAUAUGAUGCAAUCUAGAAGUGUCAGUUUUAUUUGUUGA